AUGGAAAAGCUGAUCCUGGCAAAGCGCUUCCACUCGUUGUGUGGAUACGAGGGCCGAAAUCAGCGAUAAAUAAACAAAGGCAUUACCCACUGCACCUGCCCAUAAAUGCUCUCCGAUGUAUGUGAUCUUCUCCAAAGUCCCCGUUAUGCUUUUACCUGUGGUUUUCCAUCAUUGUACUUGCUCGGGCAUUUCAUCAGGAUCUCAUUGGCAUGA